AUGCAGCCACAAAUACCAGCUAUUCGUCGACCUCCGUCGCACCAACUGAGCACGCCGCCCCCAGAUGUCCCAGCAACCCACACCAAAAACAUGUACAUGACUGACCUGAAUACAGAGUGUAGGGUAUACCCCAUCAGGGAUACUGAAGACGGAACAUUCCGUUACAGGGACAUCGUCAAAGUCCUGGUGCCGGUAGGAACCGUCCAGCCCCAGCCCUCAGAUGGCACCGUCCCGCCCCAGCCCUCAGAUGGCACCGUCCAGCCCCAGCCCUCAGAUGGCACCGUCCAGCCCCAGCCCUCAGAUGGCACCGUCCACCCCCAGCCCUCAGAUGGCACCGUCCAGCCCCAGCCCUCAGAUGGCACCGUCCAGCCCCAGCCCUCAGAUGGCACCGUCCAGCCCCAGCCCUCAGAUGGCACCGUCCAGCCCCAGCCCUCAGAUGGCACCGUAAAGCCCCAGCCCUCAGAUGGCAACGUCCAGCCCCAGCCCUCAGAUGGCACCGUCCAGCCCCAGCCCUCAGAUGGCAACGUCCAGCCCCACCCCUCAGAUGGCACCGUCCACCCCCAGCCCUCAGAUGGCACCGUCCCGCCCCAGCCCUCAGAUGGCACCGUCCAGCCCCAGCCCUCAGAUGGCACCGUCCAGCCCCAGCCCUCAGAUGGCACCGUCCCGCCCCAGCCCUCAGAUGGCACCGUCCAGCCCCAGCCCUCAGAUGGCACCGUCCAGCCCCAGCCCUCAGAUGGCACCGUCCACCCCCAGCCCUCAGAUGGCACCGUCCACCCCCAGCCCUCAGAUGGCACCGUCCAGCCCCAGCUCUCAGAUGGCACCGUCCAGCUCCAGCCCUCAGAUGGCACCGUCCAGCCCCAGCCCUCAGAUGGCACCGUCCAGCCCCAGCCCUCAGAUAGCACCGUCCAGCUCCAGCCCUCAGAUGGCACCGUCCAGCCCCAGCCUUCAGAUGGCACCGUCCAGCCCCACCCCUCAGAUGGCACCGUCCAGCCCCAGCCCUCAGAUAGCACCGUCCAGCUCCAGCCCUCAGAUGGCACCGUCCAGCCCCACCCCUCAGAUGGCACCGUCCAGCCCCAGCCCUCAGAUGGCACCGUCCAGCCCCAGCACUCAGAUGGCACCAUCCAGGCCCAGCCCCCAGAUGGCACCGUCCAGCCCCAGGCCUCAGAUGGCACUGUCCAGCCCCAGCCCUCAGAUGACACCGCCCAGCCCCACCCCUCAGAUGGCACCGCCCAGCCCCAGCCCUCAGAUGGCACCGUCCAGCCCCAGCCCUCAGAUGGCACCGUCCAGCCCCAGCCCUCAGAUGGCACCGUCCAGCCCCACACCUCAGAUGGCACCGCCCAGCCCCAGCCCUCAGAUGGCACCGUCCAGCCCCAGCUCUCAGAUGGCACCAUCCAGCUCCAGCCCUCAUGCAGAUGGCACCGUCCAGCCCCAGCCCUCAGAUGGCACCAUCCAGCCCCAGCCCUCAGAUGGCACCGUCCACCCCCAGCCCUCAGAUGGCACCGUCCACGCCCAGCCCUCAGAUGGCACCGUCCACCCCCAGCCCUCAGAUGGCACCGUCCACCCCCAGCCCUCAGAUGGCACCGUCCAGCCCCAGCCCUGAAAUGGCACUGUCCACCUCCAGCCCUCAGAUGGCACCGUCCAGCCCCAGCCCUCAGAUGGCACCGUCCAGCCCCAGCCCUCAGAUGGCACCGUCCAGCCCCACCCCUCAGAUGGCACCGCCCAGCCCCAGCCCUCAGAUGGCACCGCCCAGCCCAGCCCUCAGAUGGCACCGUCCAGCCCCAGCCCUCAGAUGGCACCGUCCAGCCCCAGCCCUCAGAUGGCACCGCCCAGCCCCACCCCUCAGAUGGCACCGCCCAGCCCCAGCCCUCAGAUGGCACCGUCCAGCCCCAGCCCUCAGAUGGCACCGUCCAGCCCCAGCCCUCAGAUGGCACCGUCCAGCCCCACCCCUCAGAUGGCACCGUCCAGCCCCACCCCUCAGAUGGCACCGCCCAGCCCCAGCCCUCAGAUGGCACCGUCCUGCCCCAACCCUCAGAUGACACUGUCUACCUCCAGCCCUCAGAUGGCACAGUUCAGCCCCAGCCCUCAGGUGGCACCGUCUACCUCCAGCCCGCAGAUGGCACCGUCCACCCCUAG